AUGAUACUAGCACGCAAACCUGGAAUGUGCAAUGUCCUCGAACUACGAGAACAAAAAUUGAUCUACCGACGAUACGCAUCAUUAUAUUUCUGCUGUUGUGUGGACUUUGAUGACAAUGAGCUGGUAGUGCUGGAAGUCAUUCAUCGGUUUGUACAGGUGCUGGACGAUUAUUUUGGGAAUGUGUGUGAAUUAGAUCUCAUAUUUGGUUAUGAGAACGCGUACAUGAUACUGGAUGAGCUCUUGAUUGAUGGCGAGAUGCAAGAGAGUUCCAAACGCCAAGUAACAGGUCAUAUAAAGAAGAUUGAAAAGGAAGAACUGGCAGAACAGAGUCAGUCGUGGUAA